GCCUAUAUAAGGCAAACUAAACCUAGGGAUUCUUCAUCGUGUGCAUUGGCCGCCUCUUCACGAGCCCUUGAGCCCUUGGCAGGAGAACAAAGAGCAGGUGAACUGCAUCAUGGAUUCUCAAGCCAAGCUUGCAGUGGUGGUGAAGGUGAUGGGUCGUACUGGAUCUCGAGGUCAGGUUACACAAGUCAGGGUUAAGUUCUUGGAUGACCAGAAUCGGCUAAUCAUGAGGAACGUGAAGGGCCCAGUAAGGGAGGGCGAUAUCCUUACGCUUCUUGAGUCUGAGAGGGAGGCCAGGCGGCUGCGUUGAUGUUCAUCUACGCUAGUUUUCUAAUUAGCUUAUUUCAACUGCACUAUGGAUUGAUCUUUUCUUUUCAAUUUGUCAUGGAUGUUGGUGAUGUUUUAAAGCAAUUGAAUUGCCUGUGGACCUAAAUGUUUUGGUUUACUUUGUUGCCUGUGAGUUUUAAUCUAUUUGAUGUUUUUACUGCAAA